AUGAGAGGCAUCAUCAUUUUUAGCUCCCAUGUAACCGGGCCAAUUUCAUCAAUUCUUCCGACGGUGGAAUCAUCAACGUUCAUGGCGCCACCUGCCAUUCAGGGGAACGAAAAAUUUGCAUCAACUCUCAAGCAGUGCAUCAACAAAUACAACAACUACAACUACACUAAUAAUAAUAACAAUAACGAAGAGCAGUGUUGCGGCAACGACGUCUACCAAACAACAAAACAGCAGCUACUGCAACACUUAUCCAGCAAACAGUACAAAGGAGUGACAACGACCAUGACGAAGAAAAGUUUGUACACAACCGUGGAAGGCCUAUCGCUGGAAGAUAUCGAAAUGAGUAGCAGCUGCCACGCCAGGUACCACCACCACCACCACAAACGUUCAACCUCGAAAGACAACAACAACUGCGUUGGUAAUUAUAACAUCAAUUUCGACAACAUCAUCAACAACAACAUCAUUACCACCAACAACAACAUCAACAACAAAACGCUCAAUUCUUUAAAAAAUUGCCGCCGAAGUAACAGUUGCACUAACAACAGCAGAGACACGUUUAACAAGAUGUACGUUGAGGUCGAUGACUACCACAAGGGCAAUGGUGAGGAGGAGGAAGACGAGAUGUACCGCUUUAAUCUCCCGUUCAAACUUAAAAACUCACUUCUGUUUGGUGAUAGAAAAAAUUUAAGUUUAAACAAGCUGGAAAAAGAUGAAGUCGGUGCAAGCGGUAAAAACAAGGCACUCCAGAUCAGAUCGAAAUCAAAAAAAAUUAGAGAUGGUGAUGAUAGCGAUGACGAAAACGAUAGUGAAGAUUACGACGAAGAUAAAGGUUGUGCCAGAUACAAAGACAAAAACAAGAGUAGAUCAAGAAGCAGCAGCAGCAGCAGCAGUAGCAGCUUGAUGUCCAGCAUCACAGCCACCACCGUCAAAACUGCACUGGAAGUCAACGAACUGGAAAGAAACAGGUGGCUAGGACUUGGUGGCAAAACAGCAGCAGCAGACCAAACGACCAACCUUAGCAGCCCUAUCGUCCUCAUCUUCCUCCUCGCCAUCAUCAUCAAAAGUCUUACAAAACUUGAAAAAGUAACAACCCACGCUAGAAAAGUUUUCGACAAAGAUUGA